AUGGCGCAUCAUGCUCGCCUUUAUCUUCCACUAAUAUGGCAGCGCGUACCCCUCCUACAGCGCCUGGCUGCCAGUAGAUAUCUGGAUGAGCCGUCUGUACCAGUUGAUGACAGCCCGAACCUCAUUCAGGUCCAGUCGGCCAUGUCGUGUCAAGGCAGCUCGAUAGCCAUGGCAGACAAGAUGCCGGCGAAGGCCUUCGGUCCCGCUGCGAUGGGUCUAAACUGA